AUGAGAUGGAGAUCAGCAGGGCGGCGGCAUUUGUUCGGUGACUUCUUUUGCGCGUCUUUCGGCCGCCGGCGUCUUGUGACGUCUAUUUUAUUUUACGAGAUAUAUCCAAAACAGGAGGGAAGCGCCGCACCAUCGACCAACAUGUUUGCUAAUCAGUAUUGCCCUCAAGUACCUCCAGGUUGAUCAACUCAGUGCUACAUCCCUUGAUGCGAGCGAAGGAGCUAGGGGCGUCUUCAAUAGGCACGGUGAAUUCCCUGGGCGGGAAAGGGCGGGGAAGAGACGGCCACUAGCUUGUUAUACCUGCCCAUAGGCGGACCACGCGAUCGCCUUCGGCAAGAUGGAGUACCUCAAGUCUUUAACGUCGGCGGUAUUGGCGCAGACCGGCGGGCCGUUCCCCAACUUCAACAUCGGCGAAAAGAAUACCCGCUUCGAAGGCAAGACCAUCUGGUCCUUGCACGCUGGAAGCAAGCGUGACGAUGGCAGCGCAGUUAGCAUCCUCAUCUUUGAUGCCACUCAGCCGGCCCACAGUCCGCGCCGCGCCUUGCUGCCCCUCGCACAGAAUGCCGCACGCAAGCUCAGGAUCAUGCGGCACCCGGAUGUGCUGCGCUUCUAUGACAGUGUAGAGACACAGAAUGCUGUCUACAUUGCUGUGGAGGUCGUCAAGCCAUUGGCGGACAUGCUGGAGGAAGAGCUUCCGUCGCAGAGCGAAUGGGUCGGAUGGGGUCUGAGCCGAAUCGCAAACGCACUAAAAUUCAUCAAUGUCGAUGCAAACUCAAUACACGGGAAUGUGCGUGUGGAGAGCAUGUUCAUCGCCUCUUCAGGAGAGUGGAAGAUCGGAGGUUUCGAGACGCUGACGUCAACCAAGGAGGACCAAGGAGUGUUCUAUAUAAUGGGGAACCUGCUACCCGACGCAGCGCGAAUAUUGCCACCUGAAGCGCGGCAGGGGGGGUGCAAGGCGCUGAUAGGGAUGCCUGCUUAUGUGAUUGACUCCUACGGUUUGGCGAUAGCCGGGUUUGAGGCUUACAAUGGCACCCUGCCGCCAACAGCAGGUGUGCCAGCACAAGGCAAGGUCCCCGCGCCUUUUUACAGCAUGUUCAAGCGCAUGUUGACGCCUAAUGCUAAGACAAGAGCCUCCACCACGCAAUUCCUCGAGCAGGGUCAGGCGGAAGGCGGAUACUUCGUGACGAACAGGCUUGUGCAGGUCGCAGCUGGGAUAGACAAUUUCAUGCUGGCAGCGGAAAGCGAAAGAGGCGCCAUUGUCAGGAUGCUUGAGUCAUCACCCGAGGCUCUGCCUGCACCAUUCGUUCAGUACAAGGUCCUCCCCGUGCUAUUGAACGCUCUGUCAUUCCAACCGAAUCCGCAGAGCACGACACCAAGUUUGUUCCAAGGGUCCAAAUUGAUUCCUCUCUGUCUACGUUUGGCUAAGUCGAUGUCGGACACUGAGUGGCGGGUCCUCAUGGCGCCAGCGAUCGAGACAGCGUACAUGAGCCCAGAUAGAGGGAUGCGCAUGACACUGCUGGAUAACCUUGACGCCUACUCAGAUCGACUGGACAACAAGAUGGUCGUCGAAAAGAUCUGGCCGAAACUAAUCAAUGGGCUCUGCGACUCAGUGGCGGCCAUCAGAGAGGCGACGCUCAAGUCAAUUCUCCCGCUGGCGCCUAAACUGAGCGACAGAAUCCUCAACAAUGAGCUCCUCAGAGUCCUCGCUAAGACGCAAACGGACUCGGAGCCCAGCAUUCGAACGAACACCACCAUUUUGAUCGGGCGGCUGGUGCCUUUCCUGUCCAACAACACCAAGAAGACGGUCCUUGUCCCUGCAUUCGCACGCUCGCUGAAGGACACAUUCGUGCACGCGCGCGUCGCCGGCCUCAUGGCGCUCAUCGCGACGGGCGAUGCGUUCGAUGCGGAGGACCUAGCACGACAGGUGCUGCCCGCUGCAAUGCCAUGCCUGAUGGACCGAGAAAAGAUUGUGCGCGAUCAAGCGAACAAGGCAGUGGAUGUAUUCCUCAAGCGCGUGCGCGAGGUCGCAGCGACGCUGCCCGAGACAGCGCUCCCGCCCGAUGGUGAAGGCACGGAUGUCAGCAGUGCAGCGCAGGCGGUUGCGUCGCUGCGGCUCAAUCCGACGGCGGCGAGCGCGACGAACGCCGCGUCCGUCCUGGCCGGCUGGGCUAUGUCGUCCGCCAUGUCGCAGUUCAGCAAGCAGACUUCCGCAUCCGAGCUGCAGAACACGAGCAUGGAUGGCAACAGGCCUGGCGCUCUGCGCGGUUCCGCCACGCUGACACCGGCAGCUGCAUCAUCUGCUGCAGCGCCAGUGCUGCCCAUUUCGCCGCAGCGCGCCAACGGCUUCAAGGCCCACAGCAGCGCGGCGUCCUCAUCUGCGGCGUCUACUACGGUGUUCUCUCCCGACCCGUCAGAGGACGCGGGAGAGUGGGAGGCAAUGGACGAGCGAUGUGCUGCAGGUGCAUCUGCUGCAAGAGCGAAUUUGCCUGGCAUUCUUGGCGGCUCCAAGAAGCUCGCCCUCGGUGCUGGGAAGAAGGUAAGCCUGGCGAACACGAUUCUGCAGGAGAAUGCAGCAGCGGCAGCUCCGUUGAGCAGCAGGAUCCAUCGCAAGGCGCUGGCUGUGCAGCAGGCGCCCGCAGAGGAUGAGCAUGCGUGGGGGGACAGCUGGGACACGGGCUGUGGCGGCGCGCCAGACAGUGGAGAUGGUGCGGCGGCCGCAGGCAUGAGCGACUCGAUGCAGCUGACGGUUGCGGCGUUCAUCGACCCGGCGCCGCUGAUUGCAACUCUCGAAGCACACGUACCGUCACCGAUGCCAACACCCCCGGCAGGCGAAGAAGAGGGGGAAGCCACAGCGGAGCCAGCAGUCGCAGAGCACGAUUGGGGAACGCUCGAUGAUGUGUUGGAAGAGGUGCCCGUAUCGGCGCCGGCGCCAGCGCCAGCAGUCAAGGUGCUCACGAAGGAGGAGAAGCGCGCAGAGAUGCAGAGACAGAGAGAGGAGAGGAAGGCGCGUAUGGCGGCGUUGAAGGCUGCCAAAGGCGGUUGACUGACAACGAGGUAGCGGCUAGAAGGUGCGCGUAUCACGGCAAGUCCGAGCGUUGCUCUUGCAGUGUGUACACAUGCAAGCGCACAGCAGAGAGUGCAGACCUUCCGCAGACCAUAUCGUGCCUAAUGCAACGAGUCUUCCAGCGUCUUGCGCAACACGGCCUGAACGCUGGAGAAAGAUGUAUAUGUGUAUGUGCAUACAUCUCCUCGCGCAGCGCUUGAGCUGCUCGACACUCGUGGAACGAGCGCCUGCGAGUGCAAGCGCGAGAGAGCGGGGUGAAUGGAUCUUCUUGUCUGC